AGUUUGACCCCUUAUCCUUCAAGUUAAAAACAGUCUUUCAAAAACUUGUCUUUCCAAAAAAACAAUUAAACCAGUCAAACCUCUUUAAAAACUGGUGUCAUGGCCAAUUCGUGAUUCGAAUAGUCCAACUCGAAUUGGUCAAAAUGGGUAAAAACCCGAAUUUUGUAACCAGUUCCUACUAAAUUUUCUGCUUAUUUUUUACUUUUAAAGACAUUCAAUUUACAUAAUGAUGAAAGAAUAAAAAAGGAAAAUCUUUGAACUAAUUGAAUUGGAAACUCAUCCAAUUCACUCAACGGUUCGCUUUUUAAAAUAUUGGUUAAAAAGAAGAAGGGACAUUAGCUAUGCUGAGUAAGUACAUGAUUCUAACUGUCAAACCUUUCUUCUCCUGCCUUUCUUUUUCCCCCCUUCAUUGUAAAGUCUUUCUUGAAUCAAAAAUCAAAAAUUAAAAAAAAAAAAAAAGAAUCCCAUACUUGUAGAAAAAUAAUCUGUUCGUCCUCUCUCACUUUAACUUUUGUGGAUUUCAUUUUUCAAAAAAUACAUAUUAUAGAACUCAACCUGCAUAAAACUGAGGCAGAGAUGCCAUUUUAAUCUCCCCAAAGCUACUCCUAUAAGUCCUGUUCAUGCAAUCAUUGAAUAGCUUAAAGCUUGAUUUCAUUCCAAUUGGAGCAUCCCCUAUGGAGUGAUGAGUGGAAGCAGAAGCACGGAACCCCAAACUCCACUCCUUGCCACUGAUAAUGAACCAGUGGAUGGUUAUACUGAUUACAAGGGCUGUCCAAUUAAACGAUCCAAAUCAGGUGGAUGGAGAUCGGCAUCUUGCAUCCUCGUUUAUUCUGCGAAUUAAGCAGCAGAAACAGAGAACUUCCACUCGACUUAAGAGGAAGAAGAAGUGAUUAUUGCAACUGAGACAUGGGAAAAAUGUAAACUGAGCCUUAAUAUGAAGUGGUUUUUUGACUGUGUGGAUGUACUUGAUUUACAGCUGCAAGAAGUCUUGAGAGGUUUGCAUAUUUAGGAAUAGAAUCAAAUCUCAUUAACUAUCUGACCGGGCCAAUCGGAGAAUCUGUUGCAACAGCUGCGGCUAAUGUCAAUACAUGGGUUGGCGUAGCUUCACUUGUACCAAUUUUUGGAGCAUUUGUGGCCGAUUCCUUCCUUGGCUGCUACAAGUCAAUCAUCAUUGCUGCCAUUCUCUACAUCUUGUUACCGGAGCUUCAGAUUCCCAAGGUAGAACCAAGAAUGAAUUAGGGCCUGAAUCACCUGCUAUGCAUAUCAAAGCUUUGUUUUUUGGAUCACUGUAUCUGAUCGCACUGGCGCAAGGAUAUAACACCUUUCUUCAAGCCUUUGGAGCCAAUCAAUUUGAUGAAAAACAUCCGGAAGAGAGCAAAGCCAAGAGCUCAUUCUUCAACUGGUGGUUUUGUGUCGGGGCCAUGGGUGCAAUAGCUACACAUUUAAUCUUACCAUACAUUCAGGACAACAUAAAUUGGGGCAUUGGUUUUGGGAUUCCAUUUCUGGCCGUGAUAGUCGGGCUUAUCCUGUUUUUACUGGGAAACAAAAUGUAUCGAUUUCCUGCCACAAUAGGUGAUAAAGAGGUAGAAAUCCGUUAUGGGAAGAAGGACAAGGGAUUCAAGAAAAGCAUAAGUGCUUUGUACAUUGUAGCUCCCUCAUCAAGCCGUGAAGAAAGCCUUCUGCAUGGCGAGUUUCUCAAGGAUGGCUCACCUCCUGCAGGCGAUGAUUCAACAAACAUUAAUGAAACCUCUAGCAAGACUAAAGAAAUAAAGGAAGUUUUAAGGCUGUUUCCAAUAUGGGUAACUUGUUUAACGUAUACAAUUGGGCAUGCUCAAUCCUGCACAUUAUUUACUAAGCAAGCUACAACACUUGACAGAUCAAUAGGGCAAAGUUAUAGUAUACCAACUGCAGCACUUCGGAUUAUCAUCGCCCUUUCUGUAGCGUUCUGUAGCAUAAUUUAUGAUCGAAUUUUCAUCCCAAUUGCGAGAAGGAUAACAAGAUAUCCCUAUGGGAUAACAAUGCUUCAGAGAAUAGGAAUUGGCAUGGCAAUAUCUGUCCUGAACAUGGUCAUUGCAGCUGUGAUUGAGAAGAAAAGACUCAAAACUGCUCGAGAUUUUGGUCUCCUCGACAUUUCUAAUGCAACAGUUCCCAUGACUUUUUGGUGGUUGGCGCCUCAAUAUUUAUUAUUUGGACUCGUUGAUGUGUUGAUUAACGUAGGAAUGCAGGAAUUCUUCUAUGAUCAGGUGCCUACAGAAUUAAGAUGUUUAGGCCUCUCUUUUUCCCAGGGGGCCAUAGGCAUAGGCGAUUUCUUGAGCAGCUUUCUGGUCUCUAUGAUUGACAAAAUUACAAGCCAAGGGAGUAGAGAAAGUUGGUUCUCAGAUAACUUAAAUCGAGCACAUGUUGAUUACUUCUAUUGGCUGCUUGCUGGAAUAGGUGUUGUGGGUUUAAUUGCAUUUGUCUGUUUAGCAAAAUCUUACAUUUAUAGGGAACCAAAUAAUAUCAAAAACGAUUCUGAUGUAUAGAUUUACAUGUACUGAUUAAAGUAGGAAUGCUGAAAGUUUUCUAUGAUCUAGUGCCUACUGAAUUAAGAUGUUUCGGC